AUGCCCUCCAUUCUCAACCUCAAGUUCAAAGGGAACAAAUCCUUCGUGCCGUUCAGUAAUCUCAGCGAUGCUGAAACUCUGACGAAGACAUGGAAGGUCUGUACCAAGGUCGCCAGCUUCCUGGAGCAGGGCCAGCGACUCGAGAACUUGAGCUGGAGGCUAUGGCACCUCCAGAACCUUAUGGUCGACAGCGACAAUGCAAAGUCCAAGCGCGACUUCAAGAAGCUCUCCAAGUGCAUGAGCGACAAGCUCGACAAGGAGAAGGGCAGGAGCAUCGAGGAACUUCAAGCGCCCGACUUCAGGCGGAAUCACUCCACCGAGCUUCUUCAACAGCGUGCCCUCGAGAAGGAGCGCGAGCGUGAGGCCAGCCAGAACGGCCUCCCCGGUACCAUUCAUCGCAUGCAGUUCACAUUCUCCGUCGACCAGCCCUCAUCCGUCGCCGCCUCUGCCGUCCCCACCAAGAAGCCCGACAUGAAACCUUCCUCCGAGUUCAAGGACAUCUCCAAGCGCGGACGCCCAGCCACUCGGUCCACAACCGCAGCUGAGGACUCAUCCAAGGACGGCACCGGCGACGACAAAGACCAGCCCCUCACCCAGCGCGGCCGCAAGAUGUCCUCCACCAAGAACGAUGUGAACAAAGAAGAACUGUACCACGCCGCCUCCCUCCGCUUCCCCUCUCUCUUCUCAAACGACUUUGGACCCGCCGCUCUCCUCUACCCAACGCCCACUGUCACGAACGCCAUGACCUACGGUGAGGGCGUCGGCUCCACCAACAAUGACUCCGACGGUUUCAGCAUCGUCCGCCCCACCAUCGAGCUCCCCCUUGACGAACUCCUCAACGCCGACAGCCCUGGCGGCUGGUCUUCUGGUUUCCACCACCAGGAGACACGACGGGCAGACCGCCUCGACUCGCAGGAAGACGUCGAGAUGAAGGUCGCGCCCUCCGACACCCCCUACCCGCCCCACGCCGUCCGCGCGGAGCCGUCCCACGAGGACGAGAACAUGCUCAAGUCCGCCGCGCUCCGCAACGUCUCCGCCCUCAGCGCGAUGGAGGACGUCGUCCCGCGGACCAUCACCCCCUCGCGCAUCGGCCCCAAUUCGGGCCCGGGCGCGAACACCCCGACGUCCUCGACCGCGGGCACGAAACGGCCGUCUCUGAGCGUGCGCACGCAGUCCGUGGGCAGCCGCUCGACGGGCCCGUCUGCGACCCCGGUGAACUCGACCCAGCAAAACAACACGAGCAACUCUGCGCCCGGCGGCGUCAAGGCUGAGUGCUCGAACUGCGGCGCGACGCACACGCCCCUGUGGCGGCGGGGCCUGAACGACGAGCUGAACUGCAACGCGUGCGGAUUGUACUGCAAGCUCCACAAGCGCCCCCGCCCGAAGAGCAUGCGCAACAAUCAUGGGGAGGGGCGCGCUCAGGCUGCGCCCCGUCAGGAGUCGCAGGAAGUUGUUGCGCAAUGCUACAACUGCCACACGACCGCGACUCCGCUUUGGCGCAAGGACGAUGAGGGGAAGACCGUAUGUAAUGCCUAUAAGCUGCAUGGCUCCGCGCGGCCAAUCUCCAUGAAAUCGGACGUCAUCCGCAAACGUGCUCGCCACGAUGCGCGCCGAGGCGUAGGAAACGGCUCCUCGGAGACCCCGCCCUCGGCCAGCCCAGGCGCAAGCCGCCGCCCGUCGCCAAACGCGGAGUCGACGCCGACGCUCGCGCCUGACUCCUCCACCCCACACCACGGCGGGAACACCAUGGAGUACCGCGGCUCGAUGCAGUCCGAGCUCAUGGGCGCGCUCGGCUCGGGCGACAUGCACUACAACAACCAGAUGUACAGCACGAGCUACUUCCCGGGCCCGUACCACCCGGACGUCAUCUCGCAGCUGUACAGCAUCCCGAGCGACCCGCUCCCUUUCUCCUCCUCGGGCGACACCUCGGACGCCGACUCGGUCUCGGAGGCGCGCGUGAACAAGCGCCGCAGGAUGAGCAACGACUCGGCGUCCGAGCCGCCCUCGUCGGCCGUCUCGUUCAGCUCGUACUCCGACUCGUUCACGUCCGCGUCGUCGUCGACGUCGCACUCGCAGCGCUCCUCCGUCGACUUCCCGUACACGCCUUACUCGUCUGGCUCGUUCAACAUGCUCCGCGGCGCGAACUGGCACCCGCCGAUGCUGCCCCCGGGCGGCGGCGGGGACGGCUCGCCGCACUUCAUCCACCCGCCGAUGCUCCCGCCGUCGUCGGACGACUCGCCGAUGUUCUUCCACCAGCAGAUGAUGCAGCACGACGAGACGGACGCGCUGUUCGCGGCGUACCUGCACCCGCCGAUGCUGCCCCCGGACGACUCGCCGCCGAUGAGCUCGUUGCAGCUCCACCCGCCGAUGGUCCCGAACGAGUGGAAGAUGCACGGGCAGAACGAGUACGACAACAACACGAUGGUCACGUUCUGA